UGAACAUCUGGCUGACAUAUAAAUUACAUUGUAUUACAUAUGUAUGCAUAAAAUAGCGGGCUUUCUUGUUUUCUCAUUAUCACCACUUGUUUGAUUACAAUUAAUCAGUUUUUUUUUAAAUUGAAUUAAACAAAGAUAAAUUUUAAAUUUCAUUCAAACAAGAUCAUAGAUAUAUUUAUAAAUACUGAUAUUAAUAAAUAAUAUUUUUUUCACCAAUAUUUUUGUUUAAUAUUAUUAUUUAAUAUUAAGAACACAUGUUCCUUUACGAUUGGAUCUUCAAUGGCCUAGACUAUCUUGGUUUAUGGCGAAAAAGUGGCAAACUAUUAUUUCUUGGUUUGGGUCAUGCUGGAAAAACAACACUUUUUCAUCUGCUCAAAACUGAUAGAUUGAUGCUAACGUCCCCAACGUUUAGUGCACAAUGUGAAAAAAUUUCAAUUGAUAAUAGGUGUUUUACAACAUACGAUCUUGGUGGUCAUUUCAUUAAUGCUCGAAAAAUUUGGAGAGACUAUUUUUCGUUAGCUGAUGCUAUUGUAUUUCUAAUUGAUGCAAAUGAUAGAUCAUAUUUCCCUGAAUCAAAAAUUGAACUUGAAGCUUUAUUGACUAAUGACGAUAUUAGUUCAUAUCCAAUACUCAUUUUAGGCAAUAAAAUUGAUAGAAAAGGUGCAGCAUCUGAAACUGAAAUACUGGAAUAUUUUAAUAUUCACCAUUUGACAACUGGAAAAGGAAAAAUAUCAAGAAAAGAUAUUCAUAGUCGUCCUUUGGAAUUGUUCAUGUGUUCAGUGCUUAAAAGAGAAGGAUAUGGUGAAGGUUUUCGUUGGCUUUCUCAAUAUAUCGACUAAAUAUUUAUUUUAAAAAAAUAAAAAAUAUUAACAUUAUUAUAAUAU